AUAAACGCAGUAAAAAUGUCAGAAACCCCGCAACUUGAGGAGGAACCCAAAGAAGAACCGGAAGAUGAAAGAACUAAAUUUCUACGCAUCAAUGAGAAUAUCUUGAAUUGGAAAGCACCUGCUAAAGACACAGAUCCCAUAGAACAUUUUGAUGUUACCCAGGCUUGGGAUGCAAUUCUAGCGCUGCCCAGCUGUCAAGAAAUUAUGAUACAAGUCUCCAAUCAAAGACGCUUGAACCUGGUGGUGGGAGUAAAUGUUACUCAAGAAUUUCCCUGGAAACAAAUUCCCUUCCGCAGUUUAAGGGAUCAUCUCUUUGAUGAAUUACCCAAUGGGCAAAUUUAUCAUAAUGCCUUUCAAGGCUAUGAGGCAGAUAAUCAAGUUUUAAUAGGCUAUGUACCGCUCAUAACACAAGAUGCUGAAGAUCCUCCUCCAGGUGAUCCCUUUGUCAUGUUUGUCGAUCCCUAUGAUGCAAAAUUGGCUUUAGUCAUUAUUCGUAAUCUGGAAUCCUAUGAGCGUUUGAUGAUUAACAAACGUUUGCAGCGAUUACCUAGGGCUUGGGUUUCGCUGGGCAGUGAAGAUGAAGUAAAUUUAACCAUAUCACAUCGUUAUCAAGAUCCUGUUGAUGUGGAGAUACAAAGUGUUUAUCCCUUAAAUUUACCGGCCAAUAAAGAGUUCAGCUUUCGUUUUACCAAAGACGUAAGGGAUGGCUAUGUGGAGCUGGUACCCUCGGAGAGUGCGCGCUUUGACAAUGUGGCCAGACGACGCAUAACUGUGGGCAUACAAUCGGCCAUGCCUCGCCGGGAUAUAGAGCAGCAGACCGAUCCCACAUUUCCCACAAAUGCAUGGGCACAGUAUUUAUAUGAAAUAAAAGAAGAUGAGGAUUGCCUAGACCCUAUGUCUGAAGAUGAGGAUGAUAAAAGCAAACCUGCUAGUAGAGCUGUUACCCCAGAACCGCCAAAACCUCCUAAACCGCCACCAGAUGUUUCCGAUCGUAUACAGUUUCUUUUGAAGACAUUGGAAUUUAAUCAAAUCGAUAUGUAUCGAAACGAUUAUCCCCUAAUUUCCAAAACCUCCAUGAUGCACCAUACCACACCGAGUCUGGAGGAGACUUUGUGUUUUGCCAAUAUAUCAAAGAGUCAGGAUAGAUAUGUAUGCGGCUAUGAUUGGUAUCCAACAUUGGCAGGAUUAAUUGUAACCUCGUAUACCUUCAGUACAGCAGCCACUGUGGAAUCAGUUGACACCAAGACGGACCUCAUACAGCGCAUGGUCUUACAACCCAAUCCCAUAUUGAUGUGGAGUUUUGAUGACAAUCUCAACUAUAAGCUGGAGUUUGAGUCUCCUUUUGAAAUCACCUCCCUUUCCUUCUGUCCCUAUGAUGCCAAUGUACUCUUGGGAGGAGCCAGUAAUGGCCAGCUAGUUCUGUGGGAUCUACAAAAUCGUGCCGAACGCUUGGAUUAUACGGAAAUGUUGUCAUCCUCCCAAAUACACUAUAGAGUGCUUAUCAAUGAGUUCCUGAAGUGGACCAUACAAAUCGAUGAGGAUAUGAUAGUCAUGCCUGCCACAAUAUCACGUCUGGAGAAAUCACAAAAGGCUCAAAUAAUGGAUAUACAAUGGUUGGGUAAACAUUGUUCGGUUAGUUCCUUUGGCAAAUUCACUGUGGAUGAAAAUGCCAAGGCCAAUAAUUUGUUUUUCAUGACAAUUUCGCUGGAUGGCACCAUAGCAUUUUGGAAUUUGGAGGGCCAGGUGAACAAAAAGGCCACACCCACUGGUCGCAAAGAAUUGCCCAAGGCUUUGACACAGUACGAGUCCAGUCAUAAGGGUAAAAUGCUGGUGCCAAUAUUUACGGUGGUCUUUACGGAACCUCUAACUGCCAUAGUGGCCGAUACACCAUGCUUCAAAUACUCUCCCCUGGAAGAGAAUAGAGAUGAUGUGCGAUAUAAUUAUCGCCUACAAUUGUUGCCUCAAGAUGCUGCAGAGGUACGACAGUCUUUCAUAGUCUCUUCAUUCUAUGGAAGAUUGGAACGAAUCUCUUGGCAAGGUCUUUAUGCUGAAUCUGAGGGACGAGAAGCCAUAUCUACCUCGGAAAAUUUCGCCCGUGUACAUGAUGGACCUAUUAUAGCGCUUAAGAGAAAUCCCUUUUUGCCUUGGCUCUUUGUCUCCAUAGGUCGUAAUGUGGUGGCAGUUUGGAAAGAGGAUUAUAACUAUUCGCCCAUAUUCUGGCGCAGACGCCAGAAUGAUCUGACAGCGGUAACAUGGAGUGAAUCAAGACCAGCAGUGUUAUUUUUAACCCGAAUCGAUGGUAGUCUAGAAGCCUGGGAUAUUUUAUCUCGAGAUGAUGAUGCCUGUUUGAAUGAUGUUUUGGGUGGUGGCAUAAUCACUCAAAUCUGUGAACAUAGACCCACGGAACCGGAUAAACUAUUGGGUAUAGGAGAUUAUAACAGCAGUUUGCGUAUGGUGAAGUUGCCAAAGAGCUUUUAUCAACAAUUUUCUCAGGAAAUUAAAAAUAUGGAGAAAUAUAUUCUCAGUGAAGAGUCCCGUAAGAAGGAUAUACAAGCUUGGGAGCAGGAAUAUUAUGAACGAAAUAAGGAAGUCAUAGAGGCUAAGAAACAAGCCGAAAGAGAUGCUGACAAAGAGUUAGAGCGUCAAGAGAAGGAGAAAGUUUUACAGGCAGUUCGAAAAGCCAAAGAGGAAGAGGCAGCCAAAAGAAGAGAAGCCCCUCCCGCUCGUGUCACAUUCACCGAACAAAUGCGCCGCCAGUGGUAUGAAGUGAAUCUAAAAAGACUGCUAAACAUUCUGAUGACCCGCAAAAGGGUCAACGAGAAACAGCUUAGGCAGCAAACCAUAUUGGAAAAGGAACGUCUGGCCUACGAAGCGGCCAAAAAAGAAUCAAUGACCAACGUUUUGGCUCGCGUCAGCGAUGAGGUAGCUGCGGUGCGUUCACGCAUAUAUCCCCAGCAAAUACCCGAUUUGAAGCGCAGUGAUAUCAUACAGUCCACAGUAGAUACAAUUUUACAAGAUGUCGAAUCAUAUCCAGCAUUUGAAGAGCAAAUCCAUAGAUCAUUAGAAAUGGGAGAUGAUUUGCGGCAUGUGGACUAUGCGGAAUUUCUUUAUCGUGGCGGGCAACGUCGUAAGAAUAUCAACAAAUCCUUGGGUGGCAAUACGGAACGUAUGCAUUGGUAUGAAUUGGCGCGUGAAGAUAAACUGCUGAACGAAUGUGAUUGGGGCUUUGAAACAUUUGCCGAGCUUUUGCAUACAGUGGAUGUGGGUUCGCAGCCACCAUCGAAUGUAAAUUUGUUGGCAACGCCACAAGCACAAGUGACCAAAGGAGAAGAGGCCGAUGUUGAAGAGGAGGGUUGAAAUUAUAAGAUUUAUUCAAUAUUUUUUGUUUAUUGUUUUUUUUUUAAUAAAUAGGAACUAGUGACCGUUGGAAA